CAUUUAAUCAAGUACAGUAAAAUUUAGCUUAAGCCGGCUUAGUUUUCUUUGGUCUCUUUCAGUAAACUAUUCAAUCCGAUCUGCUUCUUCUCCGGCACCAGUACCAGCGGCGCACCACUGCGAAUUGUGAUCUGAUUAGGCCUCACUACCUUGUUAAGAAAGUCUCAUGGUGUUUCUAUCGGAUUAGGCAUCUUUUAGAUCUCACGACGCAUCAUAUUUUUGCACUCCCGCUUUUCUUUUUUUCGAGCUUCCGUCUUUUUUCUGGAAAGGCAAUCUUUUCUACCACUCUUCUAGCUCACUCUUUCCUUUUGCUGGAUCUCCCCGAUCAGGGAUGAAGUAAUUUGAUUGGUUCGAGUAUGAGAAUGCCAGGCUUAAGAGCGAAGCUGAAAGUUGCUGCUUUGGUAAUCUUUGUUUUGUGGAUAUGUCUUGCUGCACUGUACAGUCUCACAAAGCCGAUAUCCAAUGGCUGUAUUAUGACUUACAUGUAUCCUACUUAUAUCCCCGUUUCCGCGCCGGAGAAUGUGUCGUCCACCAAGUAUGGAUUGUACCUGUACCAUGAAGGAUGGAAAAAGAUUGAUUUUGAUGAGCACCUCAAGCAGCUUUCUGGGAUUCCUGUUCUUUUUAUCCCUGGCAAUGGUGGAAGCUACAAACAGGUGAGAUCCCUAGCUGCAGAAUCUGACAGGGCUUAUCAAGGGGGCCCUCUCGAGCAGUCAUUUUACCAAGAAGCCUUUCAGAGUCUGGGAGGUGGUGUUCAACUUGACGCUGGGAGUGUUCUGUUGCCUAGCCAGUAUGCAAGUAUGCUUGACUGGUUUGCUGUGGACCUUGAAGGUGAACACUCUGCCAUGGAUGGUCGGAUACUUGAAGAGCACACAGAAUAUGUUGUAUAUUCCAUUCACAGGAUUUUGGACCAUUAUAAAGACAUUCGCGAUGCUCGAGUUAAGGAAGGUGCCACUGUAUCUAGGAGUCUUCCAAGAAGUGUUAUAUUAGUUGGUCAUUCCAUGGGUGGCUUUGUUGCUAGAGCUGCAAUUGUCCAUCCACAUUUGAGGAAAUCUGCUGUUGAAACUGUCCUGACACUUUCAACUCCUCACCAGUCACCUCCUGUCGCAUUGCAACCAUCCCUUGGUCACUAUUAUGCACAUGUUAAUAAUGAAUGGAAGAAAGGAUAUGAGAUCCAAACUUCUAGGUCUGGACAUUAUCUGUCUGAUCCAUUGCUGUCUCGUGUUGUUGUGAUCUCCAUUUCUGGCGGUUAUAAUGAUUACCAGGUGCGGGCAAAAUUAGAGUCCCUUGAUGGCAUUGUCCCUCCCACCCAUGGCUUUAUGAUUAGUAGUACAAGCAUGAAGAAUGUCUGGUUGUCAAUGGAGCACCAAGUUAUACUGUGGUGUAAUCAGCUUGUUGUGCAAGUGUCACACACUCUACUUAGUUUGAUCGAUGAGGAGACCAGUCAACCCUUCCCAGAUGCACAAAGAAGACUUGCAAUUUUCACAAAGAUGCUUCAAAGUGCAAUACCUCCAAAUUUUAACUGGGUGCAGCAACCACCAUUACCCCGACAAUUAGGUCAUGUCUCUUCUGGAUCUGAAGGUAGUAAUUAUGCUUGUCCUAGUAAUACCCAUUGGAGUGAUGAUGGACUGGAAAGGGAUCUAUACAUUGAAACAACCACUGUGACCAUUUUAGCAAUGGAUGGAAGGAGGCGCUGGCUGGAUAUUCAGAAAUUGGGAGCAAAUGGAAAAACCCACUUUGUUUUUGUCACUAAUCUGUCUCCUUGUUCUGGGGUAAGACUACACCUUUGGCCUGAGAAAGGAACUUCAACUUCUGAUUUAUCUGUUAAUAAACGGAUCUUAGAAGUCACAUCUAAGAUGGUAAAUAUUCCAUCAGGACCUGCUCCAAGGCAGAUUGAACCAGGCAGUCAAACUGAGCAAGCGCCUCCUUCUGCCAUUUUAUGGUUGCAUCCAACUGAUAUGCAUGGCUUCCGAUUUCUGACAAUAUCAGUGGCACCUCGCCAGACUGUUUCAGGAAGACCACCACCAGCCGCUUCCAUGGGUGUUGGGCAAUUCUUUAAUCCUGAUGAAGGGAAAAUAGAAGUGUCUCCUCAAUCAGUGAUUCCUAUGAUAUACACUCAAAAGGACAUUCAAUUGAAGGAAGAUCAUCCUCUUGCAAUCAAUAUGUUGUUCUCCAUUAGCUUAGGCCUUUUGCCUGUUACAUUGUCUGUCAAAACCACUGGCUGUGGGAUACAAAAGUCAGCAUUCUCAGUUGAUGAGCCAGGAGACAUGGAAAUUAGCAAGCUUUGUAAGCUCCGGUGCUUCCCGCCUGUAGCUAUGGCAUGGGAUGCCACAUCUGGACUUCAUGUUUUUCCUAAUUUGUACUCCGAAACUAUUAUGGUGGAUUCCUCUCCAGGGACCUGGAGUUCGAACUCAGAGUCAGAGAAGACAAAUGUAUUGUUGUUGAUUGACCCACACUGUUCAUAUAGAACGAGUAUUGAUGUCCCUGUCACUGUUGCUGCUGGAAGAUUUUUACUUUUAUAUUUUUCUCAGAUCAUUGGUUUUUCAAUUGCUGUUAUCUUUUUCGCUUUGAUGAGGCAAGCAUAUGCCUGGGAGCUUGACCUGCCCAUUCCUUCGCUUCUUUCAGCCAUAGAGUCAAAUAUGAGACUGCCAUUGCCAUUUAUCCCUCUAGCCCUAGUUCCCAUUUUACUUGCUUUGCUACUUUCUUACCUAUACUCUCAACCACUUCCUUCAGUCAUAAGUUUCAUUAUCACCUCAACAGUUUGUUAUUUAUUUGCAAAUGGGUUGAUGAUGGUGCUGAUAACGAUCUCCCUGUCAGUGUUCUAUAUAGCUGCAACAAUACAUGCUUUUGUCAAGAAACGGUGGCAAACAUUGGAAAACAAUUGGUGUUUUCACUUUGUUCAUUGGUUUCUGAAUCUUUCCUAUGCUGUUUUGUCAUCUAAGGUGGUGAGGAUAGUAGCAUCCAAUCCUUCACUUGUUAUUGCACUGGUUGCUUCUACACUUGUGUGCUUUGUUCAUCCUGCAUUGGGUCUAUUUUUGUUGCUGUUGUCUCAUGCUGUCUGUUGUCACAAUGCUCUGUCAAGUUUUUUAAUGGCCUCAUUUCGCAGCCAUAUACAAACUAAGGAGUUGAGAGGGUCUGGAAAUGAACAAUUGAAUAAAUCGAGGCAGCCUAUACCCAAGUAUAAUGGUGAAACAAGCAAGCAUGUUCCUCUGAAGGAAAAUAGCCCCACUGGCCUGGAGAAUGUGAAAAGCUAUGCUGACACACAACUAGAAAUAUUCCACCACCGACACGGCCUGCUUAUCUUGCAUCUGCUUGCAACACUAAUGUUUAUUCCCUCACUCGUGGCUUGGCUUCAGAGGAUCGGCGUUGGUCAGAGCUUUCCAUGGUUUUUGGACUCCAUACUCUGUAUUGGUGUUCUGCUUCACGGCAUUUGUGACUCAAGGCCCGAGUUUAACUUCUUCUUUCCUUUUCCGGGCUUUCAAGGGUGGGAGAUAAAACUCAGCUUGGCAUAUCUUCUGGCUGGAUAUGCAUCAUGUCUUUGUGGUCUGGCCUUGGCUCCUUAUGGCACAUUUUAUGCCAUGGCCAGCAUUGGGGUUAUUUCGUUUGCUUUCAGGAUCAUACAGAGGAGGAACAGGGAGAAGGGGGAGACUUACUACCGCAGCCGAAAGCAUUCUCAUAGACACUGACAGGUUCUUUUAAAGUGUGAUUUCUUGAAUAUUUGGAGUUGCACAGCUGUAUACCCAUUGUUCAAUAUAAUUCAUGUAUGUUGUAUUAGGAUUUCAUAGUUUCAUGCCAAAAUUUUGCCAUGCUAAAUGAGUUGAACUAGCGGAUUACUUGUUUUUCUCACUAAUCCAUGUAAUCAAUCAGUUGCGUGUUAGGACAUUAAUUGUGCUGUACUGACUUGACUUGUAUCUUCCACAUAUAAAUGCAGAAUCUACCUAUCUUUAC